GGCCUGUAAGAACAUAAUGAGCCUCUCUAUGGUUUGAUUGGUGACUUUUACUUUUUAAGAGGUGUUCUGGGAUUUUGGAGAUCUGUGGUUUGUUUUGGCUUUGCUAGGACUGGCUAGUUUGCCUAAGGCCUAAAAUGGAUGGUGAAACAAAAUCUCCAUGCCGUGAGGCCUCAAAGAACAAGCAUGCUGUACAAACAAAAGAAUCUGGAUACCUGAAGUCUGUCUUUGUACGAGUUACUCAGAUCUGGCCUCUUAAAUAUGUGUUCAAGAUACUGAAGAAAAUUCUUUCCCUAGCUGGUCUUUCUCCUAAAAUUGAGAAUGUAGGAACUGUUGAGUCUAAAUCUCCCUAUGGCAGACGUUUUGUGAGUGGAAGGAAAAGGCUUGGCCGCUUUGCUCGUCUUCUACUUUCGCUUGCCCCUCAAAAACUACAGUGUGCUCUGGGCUACCACUCGGCAGAAAGUAUAGGGCAGGCUGGAGGGUCAGAUGAUAUCAGAAAGUCUCCUCUGAAGCCAUGUGGAAAGGGCAGCAAGAGGAAGCAAGAUGAUCUCGAAGUAGAAGAGCAACAAAGCUGGGUUGCUUUAAUGAAUGAGGACCUUCCAGAUGAGGAUGAGGAAGAUGAUCCAACUUAUGAACCCAGUAACACAGACACAGAUAGUGAAGAACACCAUUCUAAAAAUGACACAGAAAGUGAUCUUGAAAUUGAAGAAAAAGAGGGCGUUGUGAUGCUCAAAGAAUCUCCAGCAAAGAAACCGGAGGCCAUGGUCAAUGGUGACCCAUCAAAUAAGGAGGAAAAGCUAACCAAUGGAAACCCAGUUGAUGAAAAUCAGAAAACAGAGGAUGAACAGCAGAAGGAAAUCACCAACUCUUCUGCAGAAUAACUCAUGUGGCAUACCAGCCUGAAUGGUUCAUUUGCAUUCUUAUGCAUCUCUAAAUGCUAUUUAUGUAAUAUAGACUUAUCUUGCCAACAUUUUUGCUAAUAUAUCAAUAAAUAUUUUUCACUGAAA